UUUAAAAAAACAGUUAAAACAGUUAAAACAGUUAAAACUGAUAGAGCUAAAAUGUGCAAGACCAGAGUUUGGGCGAUUUUUAUAUGUUCUACUGCCGGAAUAAUUUGGGCAUUUAGUUUUCAAAUGGCUGAAGCCGAUUGUCAAACCUCGAUAUCGGGAGUACAACUUGCAAACCAUGUCAUGUCGACUUUGACUAUCGGUGAUAUCGAUAGCUGUUACAGGACGUGUGCCGCGAAGAAGGGCUGCAGGAGUAUAAAUUAUUAUAUAAAAAAGUUUCUCUGUGAGCUUAACAGCAGAACAAUCGAGAACACGCCUCAAAAGAAAGUUGUCAACGAAAACUCUGUGUACUUCAAGAUUCCAGAUGACGGAGGGCAAAUAAUUAUGACAUUUCCGCAAGCAAGUUUGAAAAAUAAAGUUGUGCUAGAGAACUGGUUCGAAUCUUUGAAGGCCUUUACAGUAUGCUCAUGGAAUCAACCAACAUCAAAAUCUCAACAAGCACUUUUCAGCUAUGCCACGAAGGAUUAUUAUAACGAAAUAUAUUUAGAACUCAACACUAGGAAUUCGUCGACUACAUUUUUAGAUGUGCACCUGAAUGUUYAUUCCGGGGAGGCGGUGUAUCCUGUCGAUGGUAACUGGCACCAUUUUUGUUUGACAUGGGAGAACMUUCGAGGUGAGUGGAAAAUAUACAUCGAUGGCGCCGARAAAUCUAAAGGGAUCAAGAACUCAGGUAGGGUUAUUCCUGGAAAGGAAGCCAUUAUACUUGGWCAGGAUCAAGACUCUGUCAAGGGAGACUUUGAUUUAGCACAAAGCUACCAAGGCAAAGUGGCCAACGUGAACCUUUGGGACAGGGUCCUCACGGCACAAGAGGUAGCUGACUUGUCUCGAUCAUGUUCCUUUGGAGAAGGAAAUGUUGUCAUGUGGUCAGACUUUCUUGCCAGAGUAGAAGGGAAUAUCGUGCUGCUUAAAGCUUAUCAUGAUUGUGUUAAAUAAAGCGUAUUUCGCUUCAGCUUUGAUGAUUCGUGUUAGGACUUUAUAAUUUUUAGGACAUUAAAGAGCAAGCAGUGUAAUCAGUGCAAGCCUUUAGAUCAUAGUAUUAUUUCAGAGGAUCUAUUUUAAUUUGGCACCCAUAGAAAUUUCAUAAAUCUUAGCACAACAGACGAAUACAAAACAUAUA